AUGGCCGCUGCUGCGCUGGUGGGGCGGAAAGCUGCAGGUGAUUGCUGCAAGAGCUAUGAUGCUGUGCCAAUGCUUUGGCCAUACCAGUUUCCCGAAUGCGGCCGAAGUUGGUGUCCCUCUUGCUGGAACAGCAGUGAUGUGAAGUCGCUGCCAGUUCACACCUUUGCGGCCUUGGGAUAUGCAGCCUCCUUGGCUGUGAGCAGUCCCAAGGCGACUCGGAGAUUGACAUGUCCCGAGAUGUCUGACCGAGUGAGAAGGGGCUGCAUUCAUCAAAGAAGAAAGCAUAAGAAAGUAAUUUGA